AUGGGUAUGUGUCCGGGAACUACAGGAGUAACAACUAUGUUUCCUUCGUCGCACAUACUUCGCGCCUUGGCUGACGAAGAUCGUCUUGGUAGUUACUACUUCCUAAUGACUGUUACGUCAGCGCCAGUAAUCAUUUUUUUGUUACUUAAUGUAUUCACACAUGUUAAUAGUUCACAUUUUGAAGGUGGUACAAUAACAUAUAAAAUAUAUUCAUUUAAUUCAUCAUACGCACAAGUUCUCAUAACUCAAACAUAUAUUUAUUCAUCUGCUAUAACAUGUACAAACGCAAUGAUCGCUUCUCAAUCACCAAUCGUUGAUCUGUCAACUAGAGGCGAUUUUAAUAUUUCGUUAAUUUGUGUAGCAAAUUGUACAACAAGUGGCGGUUAUACACCCAUACUUCAUACUGGUUAUUGUACAGAUUUAAGUGCUGCCUUAGCGAUAAGUGUGACACAACGUUCUGAUUUAGAAACAUUAAGUAUUGGAUCAUAUUUUCAAGUUGCAUUUCAGCAAAGUAGUUGGCGUUCAUUGACUAAUGGUGGGUCAUUCUGGAGUGUUGCUUGUACAAUUAGUCUUAUUUUGAGACCAGAUGGUUUGACAUUGAAUACACCGCCUGUAGCAACACUUAUUUCACCAAUUGCUAUACCUGUGGGUGUUGUUCAAUAUAUUCAAAUUCCCACGAUUGAUGCAGACAACGACGAUGUUCGAUGUCGAUUUGCAACAGGUGCUCAAGAAUGUGCUGAUGUUUGUCCGCCAGCAUCACUUCCGUCAGGUACAACAAUUUCAACAGACUGUACGCUGACAAUAACGGGAGCACAAGCCAAUGAUUGGUAUGCUGUUGCAUUACAAAUUGAAGAUUUUUGGGAUACAACAACGAAUACAGCAUUUAGUAAUGUUCCAUUACAAUUUUUAAUUCAUGUUUAUGCUACACCAUCACCCUGUUUAAUUCGUCCAUAUUUAUAUGGAAAUUUUACUGCCGGUGAAUGUGUUGGUGUACAAGUUGGUCAACCAUUUACAAUGACGUUAUUUUCCAUUAAUUAUUGUCAAUCAUCUGGUUAUAAUAUAUUAGAUAUUGCAACAUUAUCAUUUCCAAUUGUAACAAAAACAACAAUUGCACCAUUGAAUUCAACUGUUUCAUAUGUUACAUUAACUUGGGUACCAGCUGCAUUACAAGUUGGGUCACAGGUCAUGUGUUCAGUGGCAGUCGAUGAUCAAUCUCAACAAUCAAAUCAAUACUGUGUUACAUUCACAGUGGGCGCUUCGAGUGUACCGUCAUGUCCGGGUGAAACUAUAGCGACAACCACAACUACAUCUACCAGUACGACAUCAACAUCAACAUCAACAACAAGUGUUACAACAGUGACCGUAUUAGGUAAAUAUUCGCUUUAGAACAUUUCUUGUUG